AUGUCAAUCAUCAAAAACGAACUGACGAUGAUCGCCGAUUCUUUCUACAUACCAAAAGAGAAUCCGGCGAAGCCAGACGGCGAAGACGCCCACUUCUUCUGCCGGAAGGCGCAGGUCAUCGGCGUCGCCGACGGCGUCGGCGGCUGGGCGAAAAAAGGAAUCGACGCCGGAGAAUACGCGCGCGAGCUGAUGAGAAACGCCGCCGACGUCGUCAAGGACUCCCGCCCCGCCGACGUGGACCCCAAGUCGGUCCUCGUCGACGCCUUCGCGAAGACGGAGGCGCCCGGCUCGUCCACCGCCUGCAUCAUCUCGCUCGCCGGGAACCGCCUCCGCGCCGCGAACGUCGGCGACAGCGGCUUCGCGGUGAUCCGCGGCGGACGGACGGUCUACCGGUCGCCGGUGCAGCAUUACAAGUUCAACGCGCCUUAUCAGCUGGGGCCGACGUCGGGCAGCCCGAAGAAGGCGGAGGAGAUCGCGGUGGAGAUGGAGAGCGGCGACAUCGUGGUCGCCGCCACCGACGGGCUUUUCGACAACGUGUUCCCCAAGGAGGUGGAGGCGGUGGUGGGGCGCUUCCCCGAUGCGAUGAUGCCGCCGGGGAGGGUGGCGCGUGAUCUAGCGGAGGCGGCGCGUGUGAAAUCUUUGCAUAUAUACGACGCCACCCCGUUCGAGUUGGCGUCGUAUCAGGCCGGGUUUGUGCGCCUUGGCGGGAAAAAGGAUGAUAUUACCGUUGUUGUUGCUUAUGUUUAUACCUUGUGA